AUGGCGCAUGGCGCUGACCGGCUGCUCCAGGGGCAAGACCGGAAACGGUGGUCUGCAUUAAUUGUAUAUUUCAAAACUCGGAAAAUAACGGUGGCAUGGAAAAAAACCUUAAAAAAACGGGAUCGAGAUCCCUUCUGUCACCUCCUCUUGCGAUCUCGCACAACUCCGCCUACCGCCGCGCGCGGGCUCCUCCGCCCGUCGCCGCGCGCGCCGUCCUCCGCCCGCCGCCGCUCGCUCCUCCACCCUCCUCCGCCGCGCGCAGCGUCCUCCGCCGCCGCCGCACGCGUCGUCCUCCGCCGGUCGCCACGUGCGCCGUCCUCCUUCCUCCGCCAGCCCGCCCGCCCGCCGGUCGUCCUCCGAGCGCCGGACCUGCCGUCGCGCGCGGGCUCCUCCGCCCGUCGCCGCGCGCGGGUUCCUCCGCCCGACGCCGUGCGCUCCUCCACCCGCCCCCGCCGCGCGGCGUCCUCCGCGCCGCUGGUGCGCGCGUCGUCCUCUGCCGCGGCUGGUGCGCGCACGUCUGCCGUCCCCCGAGCGUCCCCGGUGCCCCCGAUCCGUGCCAACCCCUGCCGCCACGCCGUUUGCACGCCGCCGGCCCCCAUCCACGCGCCGCCACUGCGCCGCCCCCGGCGUCGCAGAUCCACUCUGGUCCCGCCACGCCGCUCCGUCCCCGGCGUCGGCGUCGUCACUGCUCCAUCCCGGCGUUGCAGCUGCCCUACGUCGCGCAACUGCUUCAUCCCCGGCGUCGCCUCGGCUCCGCCCGAUCACCACUGCCGCCAUGCCACUGCACCGCUUCUACCCGGCCUACACUGCGAGUACUUGGGGUUGCUUGAUGACAGGAUAAAAUACGGCCACAAUGGCGACGAGCAGGAGCACCUAAAGCACUGCCAAUAUGAAGCACCGCACCCUCGCUGGCCUAGAACACCGCCGCCGUCCUAGCUCUGGCCGAACUUCCCAUCGCCGCCAACUGCAUCUGCAUCCUGCUUCUGGUGAGCACGUGCUCACGUUCCCCUUUUCGCAGCUCUGAUCUGUUAAGAGUAUGUUAAUUAUCCUGGUUUGGUUAACUGAUUAGCGCACACCUUGAAUAAUUGAGGAAGAUGAGUCUUAACCCAAAAUGAUUACCCAAUGUUUAGUUUAACAAACACUUGAUCUGGUUACCUAAGGUUACCUGAAUUUGAUCAAAUUGAGAUGUAUGCCCUAUACUGCAAGACAUUAUGGUCAGAUUGGAUUAUCAUUCUUUGAGGAGCAUACCCUGGAGGCCUGGACUACAGUGAAUAAUGUACGUUAGAGUACAUUAAAUUUGUUUCUCUGAAUGGCUGCAAUAUUUUCAGUGAUAUUCCUAUGUAUCCACAUUGUUAUGUUGGAUUCUCUAAAUUACAUGGCCGCAGUACUAUUCUAUCCUGGUAGUGUCCUAUGCCAUUUUAUCUUUUAGACAAUUUCUUAUACUGAGAUGCAGAUCAAAUAACUGGAAGGCAAUGCUGAAGGCUGAAUUUCAGUGAAGUGGUCUAUGAUCUAUUGCUUAAUUACUGAUUGUGUUCAGUUUUGCCUUAGUGAUUAACAGAUUUCUUAACUCUGAAAUUUGCUUUGGCGUUGCUUUGUGCACCGGUUAAGAAUAGGUUUACUGAUUAAUUUGGGGCUAUAAUAUUACUAUGCCAAAAUACUUUUGUUCCUGACAUAGAUAUAUGAAUAUCUAGAAAGCAUAUAAUUAGACACUGUUCGAGCACCAGCAUGGCUUUUGCAUCGUAUUAAAUUUUUACUUCAGUUGCAGAUGACGGAAUUGCCAUUGCUCUGUGGACUCCAGGGUUCCACACUUCCACAUGGUCUAGAGACAGCUUAUGUGUUGGGCCUGGGCUUGGGCCUGUCGGUUGAAAUGCCGUGGCUGGAGUGCUAUUCUGGUGUUUGUUUGUUUUUUUAUUUAACCAGCAAAUAUGUUAUGCUGUCUGGGUAAACUAUAUGACUGACUGAUUUUUUUUUUUGAAACAAUAGCAGGAGCUCUGCCUUUCAAUUAAGAAAAAAGCAUUUAAAUGUACAAGAACGGAUAACCAAAACAAGACCGAAGGUUAUCCUACCCACGCAACGCAGCAGAGUACACAACAACCCUGGGUCAUCGUUGCCGAGCAUGGUUGCAUAGCAGCCAGCAGCUCCAACUCUCUAGGGUCGACCCCAGACGCCUAGCGAUGCCAAAACAAGUGGGUCUGAAGCAAGAGGUCGCGACAGGUCAUCGUUGCCCAGCUCAAGAAGACCAGCUCUGACUUCCUGCCAAGGACCCAAGCCCCGCCCCCGGUGUUUGCCAAACUCCCAAGCGAAGAACCAGACGCCGAAGAAGGGGGUUCGCCUCGUGUUAUCAUUGCCAAGCCACGCCCCAACGCAGCAGCUCCGACUUCAUGCGGCAAUCAAUGACUGACUGAUUUCAGUGUAAACAAACCAGCUAAUAUGACAAUGGUUUAAUUGGUUAAUGUUCAAUUACCAGGUUGGCACAUUGGAGGACGGAUUGUAUGGAUCUGACGAAAAAGAACAUUGAUUGCAUGCCAUUUGGAGACCUUCAUAACACCACCAAUGGAGGUAACUAAGGAAGUCUGCUUCAACUUGCAUCCUUGUGAAAUAUAUGAUUAGUCACUCUAAAUAGAUUUGUAUAUGAAACUCCUGUUAUCGCAGUUACCAGUAAAAAUGCAUAGUUCACUGCUGCAAGCUGCGCUCCACUGACACUAACUGUCCCUGGUACUAUGGUGUUCACAUAAUUUGCAGGUGGCGAUUUCAGGUUAAACAAGGAAAGCAUAGACCCUAAUGGAAGUACUGAUUGGCUCCAUAGAAACUACUCAUACCAGCACCACAAAAUUGAUAAUGACAAAGUAUCAAUUCAAAUGCCAGCUAUUUUUACUA